GGCCGGAGCGCGGCUGCCGGUGCGGCUGCGGGGGGAGAGGGAGAAGGCGGCGCGUCCCCGGAGGCGUGCGCCCAGACUGCUAGCCGCCGGACCGACGCACGGAGGGAGAGGGCCGGGGGCGAGAAAUCUGCUGGCAUUGUGGGACCGGCUUCGCCUCGGGGCCGCUGAACGCCAACUUGCUUCGUGUGUUCUGGGUAGGUGUGGGGCAGGUGGCAGCUCCCUGACCUACCGACAUGGAUGGAGACGGACUUUUUGAUGAAGAAACCCAGACAGUCGGUGCCAUUCCGGGGCGAUUUAGCUGUCAGAGGUUUUGACAAAACCUGCCCUGUUUCCUUUGGGGAAUCCGAAUGAGGGAGCUUACAGACACCUUCACUGGGAAGCCAAGGACAUUUCUGUAUAAUCAGUGGAUGAAAGGAUUUUCUCAGACUCUUUUUUCCCUAUUCCUUGAGGAUUAAUUCACUGCAGUCUACAAUUCCAGUGGAAACCGCAAGGCACACGAUGUGGCAGAAGCCUAGAGGGCCUUCAGAAUUGUUCUGGACCCUUCUUUUAGCAUAGGGGAGUUCAACACAAGCCACUGGCCGCCCCCCUCCCCCCCAUCUUGUUGAUCUCUUCUCUUUAACCUGUUUUCAUUUUUUGAGUUACGUUCUAUUUCCAAAACUGUCCUCUGGAGCUAUAAGUGGAUUGCCAGAAAUGAGAGAUUAAGUGCGAGAGAAGAGGGAGCGUCCUGUGUUGUGUCUCUUCUCUGCUGCCGACAUGAAGUGCUUUUUCCCAGUGCUGAGUUGUCUGGCUGUGCUGGGUGUUGUGCUGGCACAGCGACAUGUCGCCGUCCAGGAAGGACCUCUGUACCGCACGGAGGGCUCCCACAUCACCAUCUGGUGCAACGUGAGCGGCUACCAGGGGCCUUCGGAACAGAAUUUCCAGUGGUCCAUUUACCUGCCAUCUGCCCCGGAACGGGAGGUCCAAAUCGUCAGCACCGUGGACUCCUCCUUCCCUUACGCCAUCUACACCCAGCGAGUCCGCGGGGGGAAGAUCUACGUGGAGAGGGUCCAGGGGAACUCAGCCUUGUUGCACAUCACCGACCUGCAGGCCCGGGACGCCGGGGAGUAUGAGUGCCACACACCCAGCACGGACAACCAGUACUUCGGGAGUUACAGUGCCAAGAUGAACCUCGUGGUGAUUCCUGACACCCUGCAGACCACGGCCGUGCCCCAGACUCUGCACAAAGUGGAGCAGGACCCCUUGGAGCUGACGUGUGAGGUGACCACGGAGACGUUCCAGCACAGCCACCUGUCAGUGGCCUGGCUCCGGCAGCGAGGGGGCGAGAAGCCCGCAGAGGUCAUUGCCCUGAGCCGAGAUUUCGUGCUGCACUCCAGCAGCGAGUACGCCCAGAGGCAGAGCCUGGGGGAGGUGCGGCUGGACAAGCUGGGGAGCUCCACGUUCCGCCUCACCGUCUUCCACCUGCAGCCCUCCGACCAGGGCGAGUUCUACUGUGAGGCUGCCGAGUGGAUCCAGGACCCGGAUGGCUCGUGGUACGCCAUGACCCGAAAGCGGUCCGAGGGUACUGUGGUCAACGUCCAGCCCACAGACAAAGAGUUCACCGUUCGGCUGGAGACUGAGAAGCGGCUGUACACGGUGGGUGAGCCGGCGGAGUUCAGAUGCAUCCUAGAGGCACAGAACGUUCCUGACCGUUACUUCGCUGUGUCCUGGGCCUUCAACAGCUCGCUCAUCGCCAGCAUGGGGCCUAAUGCUGUGCCAGUCCUCAACAGUGAAUUCGCCCAUCGGGAAGCCAGGGGCCAGCUCAAAGUGGCCAAGGAGAGCGACGGUGUCUUUGUGCUCAAGAUCUACCACCUCCGCCAGGAAGACAGUGGGAAAUACAACUGUCGUGUGACAGAGAGAGAGAAGACGGUCACCGGGGAGUUCAUUGACAAGGAGAGCAAGCGGCCCAAGAACAUCCCCAUCAUAGUCCUCCCCAUCACAGAUAACUGGGUAGUUAAAGUCCCUCAGCACCACCAGAUCCUGCCCCAAGGCCACUUGGAGAGCAGCAUCUCUGUGGAGGUGGCCAGCAACGCCAGUGUCAUCCUGGAGGGGGAGAACCUGCACUUCUCCUGCAGCGUCCGCACAGCGGGCCGGCCGCAGGGCCGCUUCUCCGUCAUCUGGCAGCUGGUGGACCGGCAGAACCGCCGCAGCAACAUCAUGUGGCUAGACCGGGACGGCACCGUGCAGCCGGGCGCGUCCUACUGGGAGCGCAGCAGCUUCGGGGGCGUCCAGAUGGAGCAGGUGCAGCCCAGCUCGUUCAGCCUGGGCAUCUUCAACAGCAAGAAGGAGGACGAGGGCCAGUACGAGUGCCACGUGACCGAGUGGGUGCGGGCUGUGGACGGCGAGUGGCAGAUCGUCGGGGAACGCCGGGCCAGCACCCCCGUCUCCAUCACGGCUCUCGAAAUGGGCUUCGCUGUCACAGCUAUCUCCCGCACGCCGGGCGUGACCUACAGUGACUCCUUCGACCUGCAGUGCAUCAUCAAACCCCACUACCCGGCCCGGGUCCCCGUGUCAGUGACGUGGCGGUUCCAGCCGGUAGGCACCCUCGAGUUCCAUGACCUGGUGACCUUCACCCGGGAUGGAGGAGUCCAGUGGGGGGACAGGUCCUCCAGCUUCCGAACCCGAACAGCCAUUGAGAAGGCCGAGUCGAGCAACAACGUGCGCCUAAGCAUCAGCCGGGCCAGCGACACGGAGGCGGGCAAGUACCAGUGUGUGGCCGAGCUGUGGCGGAGGAAUUACAACAACACCUGGACGCGGCUGGCCGAGCGGACCUCCAACCUCCUGGAGAUCAGGGUGCUGCAGCCAGUGACAAAGUUGCAGGUGAGCAAGUCGAAGCGGACCCUCACCCUGGUGGAAAACAGGCCCAUCCAGCUGAGCUGCUCCGUCAAGUCUCAGACCAGCCAGAACUCCCACUUCGCUGUGCUGUGGUACGUGCACAAGCCCUCAGAUGCCGAUGGCAAGCUCAUCCUGAAGACCACCCACAGCUCCGCCUUUGAGUAUGGCACCUACGCCGAGGAGGAGGGCCUGCGGUCCAGGCUCCAGUUCGAGAGGCACGUGUCCGGGGGCCUGUUCAGCCUCACGGUGCAGAGAGCUGAGGUCAGCGAUAGCGGCAGCUACUACUGCCACGUGGAGGAGUGGCUGCUGAGCCCCAACUACGCCUGGUACAAGCUGGCCGAGGAGGUCUCGGGGCGCACGGAGGUCACCGUGAAGCAGCCAGACAGCCGCCUGAGGCUCAGCCAAGCGCAGGGGAAUCUGUCGAUCCUGGAGACGCAGCAGGUGCAGCUCGAGUGUGUGGUGCUGAACCGCACCAGCGUGGCCUCCCAGCUCCUGGUGGAGUGGUUUGUGUGGAAGCCCAACCACCCGGAGCGGGAGACCGUGGCCCGCCUGAGCCGCGAAGCUACGUUCCACUACGGGGAGCAGGCGGCCAGAAAUAACUUGAAGGGGCGGCUGCAUUUGGAGAGUCCUUCCCCUGGCGUGUACCGACUCUUCAUCCAGAACGUCGCUGUGCAGGACAGCGGGACCUACAGCUGCCGCGUGGAGGAGUGGCUGCCCAGCCCCAGCGGUGUGUGGUAUAAGCGGGCAGAGGACACUGCUGGGCAGAUGGCUGUGACCGUCAUGAGGCCAGACGCUGCCCUGCAGGUGGACACGGUGGUCCCCAACACCACAGUGUCCGAGAAGGCAGCUUUCCAGCUGGACUGCAGCAUUGUGUCUCGGUCGAGUCAGGAUUCCCGCUUCGCUGUGGCCUGGUACUCUCUGAGGACUAAAGCCGGAGGGGAAAGGGACGGCCCUGGCCUGGGUGAACAGGAGGAGGAAGGGGACGAGGAGAAAGAGGAGGACCAAAUGGAGCGGACGGCCCUGCUGAGCGUGGGCCCAGAUGCCGUCUUUGGCCCAGAAGGCAGCCCCUGGGAGGGCAGGCUUCGCUUCCAGAGGCUCUCCCCGCUGCUCUACCGGCUCACCGUGCUUCAGGCGAGCCCCCAGGACACUGGGAACUACUCCUGCCGCGUGGAGGAGUGGCUGCCCAGCCCUCAGAAGGAGUGGUACCGGCUGACGGAGGAGGAGUCGGCCCCCAUCGGCAUCCGGGUUCUGGACACAAGUUCCACCCUGCAGUCCAUCAUCUGCUCCAAUGACGCCCUCUUCUACUUCGUCUUCUUCUACCCUUUCCCCAUCUUUGGCAUCCUCAUCAUCACCAUCCUGCUGGUGCGCUUCAAGAGCCGCAACUCUAGCAAGAACUCGGACGGGAAGAACGGGGUGCCCCUGUUGUGGAUCAAAGAGCCACACCUCAACUACUCCCCCACUUGCCUGGAGCCCCCAGUGCUCAGCAUCCACCCAGGAGCCAUAGACUAAGGGGAGCCCAGCGGAUCUCAGCCGCGGAGGAGCUGAGACUCUGCCUUCCUGCCUCUUGCUCUGUGAUCACGCAGUGGACGCCACCCAACCCCUGGAGUGCUCGCGCCGAAAACUGUCAGACUUGAGAAGCGUUCGAAGUCCCCGAUCAGUCACAGAGACAAACUGCCUUGAGGUGGCAGUCCUGGUUGGUUAGCUGUUCUGGAGCAGAAGUCCUUAUCCUACAGAAUUAGGCUCCUUGUUUUUGUUUCCGGUAAUGUAGUGAGUAGCUCCAGGUGCCACGUCUACUCACUGAUUUAUAGAGUAUUCCCAGAUAGAUGUUACAGGGGUUCUUAUUCUUUGUAAUGGACUCUUUUAAAAUCCCUUCAGUUUACCCUUUUUGGAUUCCGUAAUGUGACGGACGAAUUUCUCUUAAAAGUACCACUGAUGGCAAAAGGAAGGAUGAACUUUCCGGCGCAAAGGAAUCUCUUCCAAGACUUACUGUUUUUGCAUACUUGAAAAUGCUACCCAUGGAUCAGAACCCGCCCGAGCGUUUUUUACUUUCUUAAUGAGACUUGAAAAUUAUGCAUAGUGUGGGCCCAAUUUGUAUCUUAUCGUUUCCCUCAGCUGGAGUGGUUGGAACCCCUUUGUAGUCAAGAUGAAAGCAUUGAAUUUGCUUCAAAGAACUGUGUACAUACAGGAGAAAUCCAGCAUAACCCCAUUAGGAGUAGAUGGUACCCAACCAGCCUGUCAAGGAGGCGAAAAAUAGGCUUCAUCCCAAGCUUGCCAAAAAAAAA